CCGGAAGACGCUUUCCGCUAUGAGUAUCGAGUGGAGUACUCACUAUUAUACGGUAUCUUACGCCUACCUGUUUCUUUUCGCCACAAGCACAAUAUUACAACGCUCUGGGCAAGGGUUGACGCCGACUCGGAAUGCUUCGGUGACACUUUUUCUCGCCGAGUUAUGCGGGCUGUAGUUGGUUUCGAAGACGUGGUGAUGGCAAGUCUUCGCGCUCUUGCUCAAAAUUCAUCUGAAGAUGAUGGUGCCGGACUUGGAUAUCUUCAUGAUUUGUCUACUAAUGAGCACUUCCACUUCGUUUCUUUCAUGAUGUCCAAAAGUAGCUACAUCACUGCAGCCAUUGUAAUGUUGAUAUUUACAUUCGCAAUAUCGAUGUUGCUCCGAUUCUCUCAUCAUCAAAUUUUCCUAUUCAUAGUCGAUUUAUUGCACAUGUUUGAGCUCAAUCAGCCUCUUGUUUUUCCAGCUGCACCUUUGCUUACCGUCAUUUUGGCCUUAGUCGGUAUGGAGGCAAUAAUGUCAGAAGUAUUCGCUGACACUACCACCGCUUUCUAUGUGAUACUGAUUGUUUGGAUUGCUGAUCAGUACGAUGCUAUCUGCUGUCACUCGCAUCACUCGAUGAUAUUCUUUUUUCAUCACUAUGAAAUGCCUUUAAUAUUGUACCAGGAUCGUCUCCAACGUAUUUUGACAGAAAUAGACCCGGCACCGUUGCCAAAACGAACUGCUGUGUUCCUAGUCAUUCAGGAAAGGGUUUGA